AUGUUUCUUAUCUUUGGCAUUGAUAGGAUCAAUGAAUCUAAAUUUAUCCACGCAAUUGUUGAAGAUAUCUCAUGCCAGGUAAGGCCUCCACAUUUAUACGUUGCCCAAUAUCCCGUUGGAAUAGAGUCCCGUGUAAAGAAAAUCAAAGGGCUUUUAAAACUUGAGAUGAAUGACAUUUGCAUGGUGGGAAUUAUAUUUGGAAUUAUGGGAAUUGGUAAGACCACUAUUGCGAAAGCAAUCUAUAACUCGAUUGCUUAUCAGUUUCAAGGUAGCUGUUUUCUUGAAAAAGUUAGUGAAACUUCUGGGCAACCGAAUGGUCUGGUCAGAUUGCAAGAAAAGCUUCUUUAUGCUAUCCUAAGAGACUCAAGUUUGAAGGUCGACAGUGUUGAGCAAGGGAUCAAUUUGAUAAAGCAAAAGCUUUCCUCUAAAAAGGUUCUUUUAAUUCUUGAUGGCGUGGAUCGGUUGCUCCAAUUAGAAGCAUUAGCUGGACAACGUGCUUGGUUUGGCUCAGGAAGUAGAAUCAUCUUCACAGCAAGAGAUACAAAUUUACAAACUGAAUAUGAAGUUGAUGCAACAUACGAGGUGAAAGGAUUGGAUCCCAAUGAAGCUCAUCAGCUCUUUUGUUGGCAUGCCUUCAAAAAAGACAAACCUGAUGACGAUUACGUGGAACUCACAAAACAUGCAAUACAUUUGGCCGGGGGAUUACCAUUGUCAUUAGUAGUUCAAGGAUCGUCUCUAUGUGGUAGAAGUGUAGCUGAAUGGAUAACUGCAUUUGGUCUUUAAAAAAGAGUUCCUGAUAGUUCUCUUGACG